AUGUCGAAUCUGCAAUCCCUUCACGCGUCGUUGCUGGCGGAAUGGAAAAAGCCUAGUCAUGGAGAUGUUCAGAAGGUGUCCCAGAUAUUGGGUACAAUUAAGGUAAACUCCAUGAUCCAUGAAAAUCGGCCGUUUUUAGAAGGAGCUUCAGAAUGUCGAAACGCUGAACAAUUUAAGUGCCGAAGCAUCAUCUGGUAUUCAUAGUAAGUUUUUAUUUCAUGGAAUGCAUUACAUGUCAUUCCAGAGGAUUUUUUCGAGAUUAGCGCACUUUAUAACGUUGUGAUCUCCGACAUGGAUGGCUUUGAGAAGGCAAUUGCUGACGUCCACAGCUUCUAUCAAUGCGUGGCGGAAGACUCCUCUUCAAAAUAUUUGAUGUAUGGUCUCCAUUUGAUGUAUCUGUUGGCCAAAAAUAAAUUGUCCGACUUCCACAUGGUAAGAGAGACGAAUAGUUUUCUUACAUUGCUCUUUUUAGUUGUUGGAGCAAAUUGACCAAUCUGUUCAACAAAAGGAUCCUUACAUUUACUUGCCAGUUAAAUUGGAGCAGUCUCUGAUGGAAGGUGCCUACAAUAAGGUCAUACUCAACGAAAAGACUCUUCCCACCCCUUACUAUCAGGUGUUUGUACGUGUUUUGAUGAACACUGUCAGAAGUGACAUUGCUGUUUGCAUUGAGAAGUCUUUCAAAGGACUUCAAGUGAAAGAUGCUGCAAGGAUGUUACUUUUUGAGAGUGAUGAAGAACUGAGACAGUUCGCGCAAGCUCGUGGAUGGACUUUGGACAAGGAUAUGCUUCAAUUCGAGAACGAUCAGGAGAAGAAAGAUUCUCAGAAGGCUUCGCUUGACACUAAGCGCAUUGCCCUUCAGAAUAUUUAUUACGCUAAACAAUUGGAAAUGAUUGUUUGA